AUGACUUCUUUUACAGCCUCACUACCCGUGACUCCCUUAUGGUUUGCUGGAUGGCAACCUAAAACGGCUGGUACAACUUUCGCUGCCUGUCUUGGCUUAUUCGGUUUAGCGAUACUCAGCAAGCUUCUUGGAGCAUUAAGACACCAAGCUCACCGUGCUUGGUCAAAAAUCCAAUGGGAAGAACUCGCAGCAAAUGAGCAAUCAGUCGAUAAAUCCGAUAAACCUGAUACGGUCACUGAAUCUUUGAAGAAGGGUUGUCGUCAAAUCGCACCCUGGACUGCUGAACAUGACAUCCCAAGAGGUAUACUUGCCGCCGUACAUUCUGGGCUUGAUUACUUCCUCAUGCUUGCUGUCAUGACUUUCAAUGUUUACUUUUUCAUCGCUAUCAUCUUGGGAUUAUUUGCAGGAGAAGUCGGUUUUGGUAGAUGGUCUGCCUCAAGUGGGCAUUAG